AUGGAGGGAUCAAAAGCGCCUCACUUUGCGAUGAUACCGAGUCCUGGAAUGGGCCACCUCAUCCCAUUCGUCGAGUUAGCUAAACGACUCGUCCACAACCACGGCUUCACCGUAACCUUCCUCGUGGUUGGCGAAGGUCCACCGUCAAAAGCUCAGAGAACCGUCCUUGACUCUCUUCCUUCUUCAAUCUCCUCCGUCUUUCUCCCUCCUGCUGAUCUUACCGAUAUCCCGUCGACGGCUCGCAUUGCAACUCGCAUUUCUCUCACCGUGACUCGUUCGAACCCUGAGCUCCGGAAAGUCUUCGACUCUUUCACGGCGGAUGGUCGUUUGCCGACGGCGCUAGUCGUCGAUCUUUUUGGAACGGAUGCUUUCGACGUGGCCUUUGAGUCCCAAGUGUCACCGUAUCUUUUCCACCCAUCAACGGCCAACGUCUUGUCGUUUUUUCUCCAUUUGCCUAAACUUGACGAAACGGUCUCGUGUGAGUUUAGGGAAUUAACCGAACCGGUUAAGCUCCCUGGAUGUGUACCGGUUUUUGGCAAAGAUUUCCUCGACCCAGUUCAAGACCGGAAAAACGACGGUUACAAAUGGCUUUUACACAACACCAAGAGGUACAAAGAAGCCAAAGGGAUUCUUGUGAAUACGUUCCACGAGUUAGAGCCAAAUGCUAUAAAGGCCUUGCAAGAACCUGGUCUUGAUAAACCACCUGUUUAUCCGGUUGGUCCAUUAGUUAACACUGGUAAGCGAGACGGUGACCAAAGCGAAGAAUCUGAAUGCUUAAAGUGGUUGGACAACCAACCGUUUGGUUCAGUUUUGUAUGUUUCCUUCGGUAGUGGCGGUACACUCUCAUGCGAGCAGCUCAAUGAGCUUGCUCUUGGUCUUGCGGAUAGUAAACAACGGUUUCUAUGGGUCAUAAGAUGUCCGAAUGGGGUUGCCAGUUCUUCGUAUUUUGAUUCUCAUAACCAUACCGAUCCAUUAACAUUUUUACCACCUGGUUAUUUAGCCCGCACCAAAGACAGAGGUUUCGUGAUCGCCUCUUGGGCUCCACAAGCCCAAAUUUUAGCCCAUUCAUCCACAUGA